CAGUUGACAACGUGACCUCCUAUCAAUCGGUUCAACAUUCGGAUCUUGCGCUUACUCUUAUCGUCAUAAAUAAAACCUGGCGUGGAACCAGGCUGGUGUGCGACGUUGGAAGAGAUGUAAGGUUGUCUUCGUAUCAUUAAUGAUUAUUAAAAGGAUGUGUGGUUCAUCUCUGUAGACGGGAGGAGAGCAGCCAAACAAUGCCAUUAGAAAUGAUGGGACUAUUCUCCCGACGGGUAUCUGUUGAAUUAUGGAGGCUAUGGAGUGUUUCUGGGACUCGACAUUUUUCCAUUGGGACCUUUCCCACUGGACAAGUCUGCUCUUCCCGCAGCUUCAGCUCUGGGCGUUACCUAAGGACAGAUGCAUUCCAGCCGGACCAGGGGGACAAAAUAGAUUUGGACUUGUGGAAGUCUGUGAUGAGGUCCCAGACAGCAGUGGAUGAAAGCAUUGAGGAAGAUAAAGAGCAGGUGAAGAAAGGGGACUCGACAGAUUCUCCAAGUGGCUGCGUGCUGGCGGCGACUCGGGAGCUGGUCUCCAUGUGGCGCCAGGCUGGGAAGCUGGUUCCAGACAAGAUAACGGACGAGGAUGUCAAGACGCUAGCAGAACUCACAACCAAGUCUUCCAAGAAGAAGUACCUAAAAUUCCUAGCCAUCCGGGAGGGCCACAAGAAUAAAAGCAAGGAGAAGCAAGAGAAGAAGAGGGCCGAGAGGGAGCAGAGAUUGGCCGAGUUCCCCGAGACCUUAGAAAACCGACCGCCCGUCAAGAACUCGUUCUUGAUGCAGUACCGCGAUCACUGGCUCGACCGUCUGCUGGGCUGGCGCGGCGCCCAGGCCAUGAACUUUGGUCAGCCGCUAGUAUUCGACAUGAGCUACGAGGCGCACAUGACCCCGCAGGAGUUGACGAACUCUGUGUCCCAGAUGUUGGAGGUGGAAAGUUGCAACCGCCGGUCCUUGGACCCCUUCCAUCUCCACCUCUGUAACCUGCAGCCAGAAGGGGGCUACCGGCAGCAGCUGGUCAAACGCUACGGCGAGGACGCCUGGGACCGCCUCCUCAUCACAGAGACACCACAGCGCCAUGUGGACGUGUUUCCUCAGGAACAGCUCGUCUACCUCACAGCUGACUCCCCCAACGUCCUACGGACCUUCGACCCGUCCAAGGUGUAUGUGGUUGGUGCGAUGGUGGACCGCUCAAUCCAAACGGGACGGUCCUUUGCCACCGCUAAGCGGCUGCAAAUGGCAACAGCGCGCCUCCCACUGGACCAGUUCCUCCGCUGGGAGAUCGGGGCCAAGACCCUGACGCUGGACCAGAUGAUCCGCAUCCUGCUGACCAUCAAGGACACCGGCAGCUGGGAGCAGGCACUCGCCUUCGUCCCCAAGAGGAAACACGACGGGUUCUACCAGGAAAAAAAGCAGAGUGAAAGGGGCGGAACCGCAGGCAGGGACCGUGGAGACAGAUACCCCCAGAGGGACCAGAGAGAGCGUCAGGGAUCGGCUCGUGAGCCUUGGGGUGCUGGGAGAGGUGGUCAGGACCGGGGGGUAAGUGGCAAGGGGGUGGGGAUGGCCUGGGAGAGAGAGUAUAAACAGCCUGUUACCAGGAUACGAUCAUCCCAGAACACCACGACAGAGGACAGAAGGAGGACCGACAAGACGCGGACACCGUGGUAUCAGCAGGACUAAAGACCUCUAGAGUUGGUCUUAGACCUGGACAUUAUUGUUCCCAGUCUGUUCUACUGUCCCUCACUCUGUUCUAUACUGAACUGAGGAUGGACAUGGUCUUCUAGUUCCGGGCUUGUUGUGAUCAGAAUCCAUUUUGAAUAAAACAUCUAUGCACUGCUGGGUGGAAUUAUAAA